AUGGCCAAAACCAAGCUCUCCGAUCUGAUCAAUCGCCCAAUACGGGUGUUCCUCUCCGACAACUCGGAGGUAAGCGGUGAACUACUUGCUUUCGACGGCUAUAUGAACCUGGUUAUUGCCGAUGCCCAAGAGGUGUCGCGAACCCGCAAGGGCGUCGAGCAGACCCGCACUCUAGGCCUCAUCGUUCUCCGGGGCGAGAGAGUGCUAUCGACGACGCCCGCAGGCCCGGCUCAGGACCGCCAAGGCCGCCUACAAACCAACCUAGACUCUUCCGUAGCCCUUUAA